CCAGUGAUUGACUGCAUGCUCCCUUCUCUCCCUCUUAGGAAAGUCCAGGAGGAAAAAGGAUUUACGAAUCUGCACGUCCAAGCCGCCGGCGCCCAGCCCCACGCUCCCCCGGAACCUGGACUCCCGGGCUUUCAUCACCAUUGGAGACAGGCAUCUCCACUGGUGCCUGACUUGGCUUCCCCGAACCCUCUCUCCUUUCUGUCCCCUAAGAACUUUGAGGUGGAGGCGGAUGACCUGGUGACCAUUUCAGAGCUGGGCCGAGGUGCCUAUGGGGUGGUCGAGAAGGUGCGGCAUGCCCAGAGUGGCACCAUCAUGGCUGUGAAGCGCAUCCGGGCCACCGUGAACUCUCAGGAGCAGAAGCGCCUGCUCAUGGACCUGGAUGUCAACAUGCGCACGGUGGACUGCUUCUACACUGUCACCUUCUACGGGGCCCUCUUUAGAGAGGGAGAUGUGUGGAUCUGCAUGGAGCUCAUGGACACGUCCCUGGACAAGUUCUAUCGGAAGGUGCUAGACAAGGGCAUGACGAUCCCAGAAGACAUUCUCGGGGAGAUCGCUGUGUCUAUCGUGAGGGCCCUGGAACACCUGCACAGCAAGCUGUCCGUGAUCCACAGAGAUGUGAAGCCGUCCAACGUCCUUAUCAACAAGGAGGGCCACGUGAAGAUGUGUGACUUUGGGAUCAGUGGUUACUUGGUGGAUUCCGUGGCCAAGACAAUGGACGCUGGCUGUAAACCCUACAUGGCCCCCGAGAGAAUCAACCCAGAACUGAACCAGAAAGGCUACAAUGUCAAGUCAGAUGUCUGGAGCCUCGGCAUCACCAUGAUUGAGAUGGCCAUUCUGCGAUUUCCUUACGAGUCCUGGGGCACCCCCUUCCAGCAGCUGAAGCAGGUGGUAGAGGAGCCAUCCCCCCAGCUCCCAGCUGACCGUUUCUCCCCUGAGUUUGUGGACUUCACCGCACAGUGCCUGAGAAAGAACCCCGCGGAACGCAUGAGCUACCUGGAGCUGAUGGAGCACCCUUUCUUCACCUCGCACAAAACCAAGAAGACUGACAUCGCUGCCUUUGUGAAGGAGAUCCUGGGAGAGGACUCGUAGGGGCAGGGCUUGGACCUGCUCCAACCCUCUGUUGGGGCAGUGCUUGCCCACACCCAUAAGCUACUGCCGCCCUGGCCUUGGGCACCCAAGAGGAAUCCAGGGGGCUGCUCCUGCCUGACAGGCAAGGUCCCAAGUGCCAAAGAACCAGACCAUCGGGGACCCCCAGUGCCUCUGCCCCUGCUGCUCCAAGGACCCCAAGACUCUGGACUUGGAGGGGCCUGAUGCCCCUCACAGAGAAGGCAACGCUGCCUUGUGCAGGCCACUGCCUUGGCCCAGCCCUGGACGCCACCCAAGUUGUAUAUUUUUUUCUCUCUCGACUGAAUGGACUUUGCACACUUGGCCUAGGCUGGCCACACCUCUGUCCUGGCAUUGGUGGGGGACCCAGCAUGGGGAUGAGCCACGUGAAUUCCCUGGAGCCCCCACAAGGCAGGUGCCAGAGCCGCCGAGGCCUUCACCCCAGCACUGGCAGACGGGGCUCUAAGGGCACUGGGGUCACCUCACCCUUGCCUGCCGCCUCUAGGGGUGUUGUUUCACCUUUAUUUUUUUAAUUUAUCUUCCUGAUUUUUUCUUUUGCUUUGUGGGUUUGGCUGGUUUUUCUUGCAUGGUUUGGAGCCGAUCAUUUUUUUUGUCACCUGCUAGGGGACCAGCGGCUAAGACCUGCCCUCUCUGCUCAGGCUGGGGUCUUGGGAGAUGGGCCUAAGGUCUCUGCUCAGAGAGGUGCUAGGUUGAGCCACCCAGCUCAUUCUCCUUGGGGACCGGCUCGACAGGGGCUGUGGAUUUGCUUUUGGUAUUGUUUAAAAAAAUAUAUAUAUAUAUUUUUUUUUUGGAAGAAAGGACUGCCUGUCUAGGGUCCUGUCCCUGAUGGGUUGGGGCAGUUGGCUGAUUGCUGUUUUAAUUAAAAAAAAAAAAAAAAGUGGGGCAAAA